UCUCAGGCGCCUGCUGAUUACGUAGCGGGCGGGGCCGGAAGUGCCGCUCCCGGGUUGGGGCUGUUCAUGGCGGUUUCGGGGUCUCCAACAGUUUUCUCGGUUGAGGUCCAAAAGUCGCCCGAAGCUGGGUCAGCGGAGCUUGAGGUUUUUGCUGGUGUGAAAUGACUGAGUACAAACUGGUGGUGGUUGGAGCAGGUGGUGUUGGGAAAAGUGCAUUGACAAUCCAGCUAAUCCAGAACCACUUUGUGGAUGAAUAUGAUCCUACCAUAGAGGAUUCUUACCGAAAACAGGUGGUAAUUGAUGGUGAGACGUGUCUGUUGGACAUACUGGACACAGCUGGACAAGAGGAGUACAGUGCCAUGAGAGACCAAUACAUGAGGACAGGCGAAGGCUUCCUCUGUGUGUUUGCUAUCAAUAAUAGCAAAUCCUUUGCAGAUAUUAACCUCUACAGGGAGCAGAUUAAGCGAGUGAAAGACUCUGAUGAUGUACCUAUGGUGCUGGUAGGAAACAAAUGUGAUUUGCCAACACGGACAGUUGACACAAAGCAAGCCCAUGAACUGGCCAAGAGUUAUGGGAUUCCGUUCAUUGAAACCUCCGCCAAGACCAGACAGGGUGUGGAAGAUGCCUUUUACACACUGGUGAGGGAGAUACGCCAGUACCGAAUGAAAAAGCUCAACAGCAGCGAUGACGGCACUCAAGGUUGUAUGGGGUUACCCUGUGUGGUAAUGUAAUGAGAUACUUUGAAAGUUCUGUCAUCAAAAAAGAGCCACUUCGAAGCUGCACUGACACCUGGUUCUGACUUCCCUGGAGGAGAAGUGUCCCCUCUGCUCUUCAUCCAGAGGAGCGCCUGCGCCUUGCCCAGUUCCCAUAAUGAGCACGGCCCUCACUGCUUGAGAACUCAGAAUGACUACCUCCUCGCUUGGUUGUCUGGCCAGAGAAAUGCACCUCUUGUUACUCCCCAGUAGUUCUCUGACCUGGGUUCUCCCCCCUAGAAACAAACACACCCCUGCCAGCCAGGUCUUUCAUCUGAAAAGCAAUUUAUACUCUGGUGCAGAGAACCAAACUGUAGACAUGAAAUUUGUUGAAAACAGUUUCUUAAGCUCUCAAGUAGCAACUGCUGGUGAUUUUUUUUCCCCUUAUGUUGAACUUGGACCUGUGUUAGUUUUGGGAGGAAUGUCAUAAAUUACUGUUGUGCCGAGAAUAUAGUUAAUGUUGUUGGUUUGUGUGUAAUAUAAUUAGCUGUAUUCUGUAAACUGGCAUCUGCUCUAUAUUCAUAAAUAUAAAAAUGAAUACUGACUUUGAGUCCAUCCUAGUCUUCAUCUUGCCUGAAAUUAAUCCAACUUUCAUAACAAAGUGCCUUUUUCUUAGAAGUGGUUUGUAGGCUUCCUUUACAGUAAGUGGAGUAGAUGUUUCAAAAACCAUUUUAUAUGAAGUCACACAUGGUGGUGCACGCCUGCUUUUGAUCCCAGCAUUCGUAAGGCAGAGGUAGGCAGAUCUCUGUGAGAUUAAGGCCAGCUUGGUCUACAUAAUAAAUUCCAGGCCAGCUGGGGCCACAGGGAGAUCCUGUCUCAACAACAACAAAAAAAAACUAUUAAAUAUGACAGUGACUAUGACCAUCUACCUUUGACAGAAGGAUAUUUACCUAAGAGCAGAUGCCAUAUCUUAUGCAUAUGAAUAGUUUUCCAUAGGCCUGUUUUUGGGUUCUCCCAGGAGAAAGAUGAAACUGGAAACAAUUAUGAGUAAUUUCACUUAAUUUUUAUCUAAUACCUUUUUUUGUAGGUUAUUAUCUAUAAAUGUUUGUAAUUUCUUCUAGCUUACUGAUAACCUAAUGCUCAAUGAACUUCCAUUUAUAAUCAAGUUUGGGUUAUACCAGAAAACUCUACACUUUCAGUUAUUCAAAUAUACAAAUUGGUAUGGUAUUAUUACUGUAUAGCUGUGUCAAUGAUCUAUAAAACCUCAAAUAUAGUCUAUUAGCAGACAAGUUAUAUUUCUGCUGUGUAGUUUUUUUUCAUGGCAUAAGUAGUUGUCCUCAGCCCCUUUCUGACCUACCCUCUGCCCCUCAUACUACAAGAGUUUGAAUAAUUACUUCAUUUGCAUAAACUAUGGUGCUAAUGGACCAUGUUCAUGGUUUCAAAACUUGAACAAGUUAGCCGCCUCAUGGAAAAAAAUGUGUCCACAGUUGCUCAUUGCACAUUACUCCUGCUAGUAGUUUGCCCAAUGCCUGGUGUUAGCGCUACAAGGAAAAAAGGUAGUAUGGUCCCAUACCAGGACUGGAAAUGCUUGGUGUGCUGUGGAAGGUCAGCUUAGAAGUCUUCAUAAGUUUUACAUGGAAACUAAAGCCAGAGUUAUAUUCUCUGUCUUCCUCUCACUCUCACUUUUGUGUUCUCUCCUCCUACCUGCCCCCUGUAUCCCCCACACACACACGCAUACAUAUGAGAAUACAUCAGAUAAAUUUGUUACAGUUUUCUUUGAGAUAUUUAAAGCAUGUUGAUAAAUUAGUCUGCAUGCCAAAUAACAAGAGCUGAUGAGUUCUUUCAAAUCAAGUAUCAUUUGCUAUUUGAUUUUUUUUUCACCCCUUUGUAAUUUGAGAAAAGAAUGGAAAAUGUCAUUAAUUGUUAGGGUUUGGAGGCUUAGUAUUUCCAUUUGCACAUAAUGCCCUGGUAAUUCAUUGGUGGGUUUUCUUUUUUUGUGGUGGUGCUUAGGAUAUAACUCAGCUAAGUAAUUCUAAUGAAAGUAAAGCUGGAUAACUUUUGAUUUAAAAGAAAACCAACUAAUUCCAAAAUGGCCAUUUUCUGUUCUGAGCUUCUAAUACCUACCUACUUACUGAGAUUCUUUUGAGUAGUUUUGUUUUGUUUUGUGACAGGGUCUUACUAUGCAUCCCUGGUUGAACUCUGACUCACAACAAUCUUCCUGUGUCAGUUUCCCAAGUGCUGGGAUUACUGGCAUGCUCCACCACACCUAGCUGAUCAUUUAUUUUCAAAUAUGAAUUUUCAUUCAUUAAAGUCCACAUUACCUUGAAAUUAAUUCUGAAGCGAUAAGCACACACUGUGGCUGGAGUAAAGGGUUAUGCUCCGUGGUGCUAGUGCUGGGGUGAUUCUUUUUAAUGUGUCUAUGUGACUGGUGAUAUGUCUUUAAAAAGUCAAACUUGUCAAAUUAGGGAGAAAGUUACUUUUCUUGGGCUCUUAUAACCUUGUCCCUUGUGUGUAUAUAGUUCUCAAGUAUGUUCUAAGCACAGAAGUAUAUAAAUGGGGGCAAAACUAAGGCUUCAAAUGCUCUUAGUAGUUUAAGUUACACAUGGGUGUGGGUUUUGUAACAAUAGUAACAAGCUCAAAAGCUGAGUAAGUUUAGUUAGUACAGUAUAGAAGUAGUUUUUAGAAUAUGUGGUUGAUAAAAAUCUAGUUUACCUCACUCAAAGUUGCUCUCCCCAAUUUUAAGUGCCUAUCCAACUGUCAUAAAUUAACAUAUCCCUUCAUGGCGGUUAUUUUAAGCUUUUUUCACACUUUGGAAAGUGUGGAAAAUAAUGCAUUCUGUCUAAAAGCUACCAUACUUAAUCUGUAUAAAUCUGUCAAAUGCUGUGCCUGCUCUAGUAACUUAGAAUACAAAUUGCAAACUUGGAAAUGCAGUGUAUAUUUACUAGUUAGGAGUGUGAUAUGUAAAGUUAAUCUCAACUUUGUUUUAGCCAACCACCUAUAUAAUCUUCCCAUCAUCCUUUAAACUGCUGUGAACUUUCUGUCAUGACUUGAAAGUAAGGAUAGACAAAAAAAAAAUUAUAAAGAGAGAUGUUUGUUUUUUCCCCAUUCCAGAAUUUGUGAGCUUAGGCCUAUUUUCCUUUGUAUUUAGCCAUAAAUUCUUAAGCUGGCAGCUACAACCAAGAACCAAAAAAUGAUGUAUUCUGCCUCUUGUAACUGUCUGCUUAGAGAUUAUGAGAAGCAAGUUAAUUAGGAAAAUGUUUUUAUCUGGAAGGUUUCUAUAAAAAAAGACAUUCUUAGACAUUAGUUUUAAUCUUUGCUGUUUCUUUAAGCAGUCUAAUGUGCUUAAAAUUAUUUUAAGCUUUUUUUAAUAUAUAUAAGAAUUAUUUUAAAAGUGUUCUUAUAAGAUUAGUUGUCAAAGUUUUUCAAAAUACAACUGAAUUUGAAAAUCUGAGUGCUGAUCUAAGCAAGUGUUUGAACCCUGGAGAGAAGUGAGACUGUUAGUGGAAGUUGUAUGACUUUUGUAUUUCUGUGCCAUCAAAUAUAGGUCAAAACACCAACUGUGCAAUCCUGCUGUUUAAUUAAGAACUGUUGGCCUACUUGGCCUUGAAUGAAAGGGCUGAUGUUUUAAGUUCAUUAUUUUAUUGUAAAUUAGUCCAUCCUAAUUUUUAAAAAUUUGGUUGAAUGUUUUUCUUGUUAAAUAAUUUUUUUUAAAUAAAAACUGGAAGUUC